ACAACAGCCGCUGUCAGGCUUGUUUUGCCCGUACAUCCUGAAUUAUUAACUUGUUUGUCACGAGCGAACACUACCUGUAUAACGACGUAUACUAUAUGUAUAACGACGAGGAACGACCAAAUUCGGCAGUCGAUUCGCUUCCAUCAAUCGAACAGUUCGGAUACCAUGGAAGAAACCGGUGACGAGAAAAACUUCACGAACAUCACUAAUGUGAGAUACGUCAGUCCGUUGUAUAAUCUCAGUCAGGAGGACAGCAACUGGAUCGUCACGAGCUCCUUUAUGAUCUUUACAAUGCAAACAGGUAACAUCAAAAAUAGUAACGCGACAUUAUCCACCUCGUCUCAUUUCGUCAAAGUGCAAGGAUACGAUUUGUACACAGAAAAGAGAGAUAUAACGCAGUUAAGCACAAAUAUUUAGCUCUAUGAGCAGCAUAGUUGCAUCACCUUAGUUAUCUUUAUGUAUAGUUACUUUGGUACGUCAAUGUAGUUGGGCGUGAUCUAAUUGUGGCAGCCAAACAUCGGUUGGAGUGACAAUUACAUGGUUGAAACAACCAGAUAUCAUCACUGCUGCAACGCCAGUAACUCGGCGAUAGCUCUGUGGUCGCAGCAACCACAUGGUUGUUCCGUAUUUUACUAUUAAAUCUAAUGGGCACAACCAGAUUUGUUCGAGUCAACUGUUUCGGCAUGCUGGAGUCCGGCUGCGUCUCCUUGAAAAACGAGGUCAAUAUCAUGAUGAAGAAUGUGGUCGAUAUUGUACUCGGCGGGCUGACCUAUUGGUUCUUCGGAUUCGGAUUCAGUUUCGGCUUGAAAGAGCCCAACAAUCCCUUCGUCGGUAACGGAGGCCUGUUCAUAGAUCCUCCGAUUGAUGACGAGUACAUGGGUGGGAUCUGCGCCGCGUUCCUGUUUCAAUUGAGCUUCGCCACCACUUCGACGACCAUCGUCAGCGGUGCUAUGGCCGAACGGUGUAACUUCAAGGCUUAUUGCAUCUUCUCGUUUCUCAACACCAUCGUGUACUGCUUGCCGGCCGGCUGGGUCUGGGGCGAUCACGGUUUCCUCAAUCGUAUGGGAGUCGUCGAUAUCGCAGGCUCGGGACCGGUCCACCUGGUCGGCGGUAUUUCAGCGCUCGCCUGCGCCAUCAUGCUGGGUCCUAGAAUAGGCCGAUACGACAACGGCAUCGAUCCUUUGCCGCUCGGAUGCCCAGUCAAUGCGAUUAUGGGACUGUUUGUGCUAUGGUGGGGCUGGUUGGCCUUCAACAGCGGCAGUACUUACGGGGUAACCGGCGAUCGGUGGCAGUAUGCCGCUCGCGCAGCCGUCUCCACGAUGAUUGGCAGUAUGGGAGGCGGUCUGAUCGGUCUGGGAUUCAGCUUGACAAAUCCGAACGGAAUCGAUAUCCUCAGUCAGAUAAACGGUAUCUUAGGCGCGCUGGUGGCGAUUACAGGUGGUUGCUUCCUGUACAAAGCUUGGGAAUCGAUGAUCGUCGGAAUGAUAGGCGGCUUUAUCACAUGCAUCGUGAUGCCGAUAUUAGAUAGGAUUCACAUAGACGAUCCUGUGGGAGCUGCCGCCACUCAUGGCGCAAGUGGCAUUUGGGGAGUCGUGGCAAUCGGUUUGUUCGCUGAUGAUCCAUAUCCCCUUGAUACUACUAGUGGGAGAAAGGGCUUGUUCAAGGGAGGCGGCUGGUAUCUCUUAGGAGUGCAGAGCUUGUCUGCGCUUUGCCUGGCAGUUUGGAGUUUCUGCAGCUCGAUCGUGCUGUUAUGGAUGAUAGACAAGAUUAUACCGAUUAGAAUGACGGUCUACGAGGAGGUUCUCGGAGCAGAUCUCGUAGAACAUAGGAUACGCCAUUCAAAGAUAGGCAUUAGUCGCGCCGUGUCAGCAUUGCGUCCAUUCACUAUGGAGGAGAGACUGCAGAAAGUACCUCCCGCGGGGAUAAAUCCUGGUCACGAUUCCUACGUUUCUCGUCUGAAAAUCAAGAAGCUUAAGACUUUUGCAAAGUCCGCUAAACGACAGCCGUCAAAGAAACUGGUGGCGAGAAACUCUCAGAUCAAAACGAUCGCUGGUUCCGAGCUGCCGGAAGCAAAGUCGCCGUUUGCUUGGAUGGAUUAAAAAUAAAGAAAGGAAGGAGAGACUCUCUCGUAACACAGGAUUUAUAUUAAUACUCAGUCGAAUGUAAAUUUAUUACAAAUGUAUAAACGUAUACACGUACACAUUCUAGAUAUUCCAAUUUUUACGCAUUCACGCUAAUAAAUAUUGAACAUACACACGCACGCGCGCGCACACACACAGACACACGACACAGAGAUAAAUGAGUAUGAUAGAUCACAAAGAAAGUAAACUCUUACACGAUACACUGUCUGUGGCACGGGUAUUGUUUCAGUUAGAUAGCUAAUUAUCCGUAACACUUUUUGACAAAGUGCUUAUAUUAAUAUAUUAUUCAUAGGAAAUAAAAUAUUUCCAUAAAUA